GUCGGCAAGAGUGAGAGCAUCGCGUCGCCGCUGUCUGGUGCAUGCCCAUCCUCUCCAACCUGUCGUAUAUCGUGCUUGCCUUUGAAUGUCACUGGCUUGUAGGGGAAAGCCAGGUUAUUUCGCUCAUCGCCCAGCCCAACGCAGCUUGCGAGUGGAGGCCGCUACUCGGCGGUGACGCCGCUUGCUCGACCAAUAUGAACUACCGUGGGGCUCCACCGCCGCGGCCGCGCGCAUUCGACUUUGACGACAACGACGCAGGAGAUGACUUGGGUCAGCACAGAGGGGCAGCCAGACCUGGUUAUCCUCCAGUUCGGCCGCUGCCGGCUCGCUAUGACGACCUGCACGACUCCCGUGCACGAGACGAGGGUUCAGGUUACCGUCGAGGGGAUGACAGUCGCUAUGAGCCAAGUUCUUACCAUGGAGCACGCGCGAGUCCCAGCCAUCGAUCAAGCGAUAGACCGGAGCUGUUGCGGCGACGCAACCGCAGCCCGAGCGACUCCAGGUCACCUUCUCCUGAUCCCAUGCUAGCCGCCUUCUUGGAAGCAACCAAGGAGGACCCAGAGGAGGCCAAGAAAAAGGAAGUGGAGAAGAAGGCUGCAUUCUCGACAGGCAUGGCUCGGAAGAGCAAAUUCCAAAAGGAGAAAGAGGAGGCAGAGAGGAAGCGAAAGACAGAGGAAGCGGAGGCAGCUGCUGCGUACAAAGACUUUGUGGAAGCCAUGGAAGGGUCUGAACCCAAAGUGAACCGAAGCAGGAGCACGCAUGCGUUCAUCGGGUCCGGAGGCUCCUCGUACAUGCCGUCCCGCCCGGUCUCCCAAGUUCCUUCAGCUCCAAGGGCAAUGCGGGUACCCGCUACAAGUGCCAAUUUGUCUGCAUCGAAUGCUUUCGGCGCCGACGAAGACGAAGAAGCUGCUCCUGUCAAGCCUCAAGACGGACAGCCAUUCAAAAGGCGCCGAGCGAUGGACGACUUUGCGAGCCAAUUGAAGCGCGAGCAAGGAGAGCGAGAACAGCGCCUGAGAGGCCGUGUGCCCGAGGGAAAAUCGAUAUCUUCCGUGUUAGCCAUGGAAGGACAGCGAAUCGGCUCUCGGGAUGUCAAAUCUGACCCAUUGACCACGAACGUAUGCGUGCUCAACCUGCCGGCAAACGUGACAGAGCGCUCGCUUGGCGAGUUCUUUGCGCAGUGGGGAGAUGUCGCCACGGUGAAGAUCAUGUGGCCACGAGGUGAUGAGGCACUCGGCGGCGGUGCAGGGGCUGGUAUCACCUCCUUGCGCAAAGAUCGUUUGGCCGGGUUGACGGGCUUCGUCGCAUACAUGCAGCGAGAAGAUGCCGAGUACGCGCUGAAAGAAACAGACGGGAUCACAUGGGGUGGGGCCUUCAUCAAGACGGGAUGGGGUAAGGCGAUGCCAUUGCCGACCCGAGCCAGCUAUACAUUGCCUCUAAGCGGACGCAGCGGAAGAAGAGGACGAAAGCGCUCACGCUCCUGCUCGCCAGAUCCUCGCUUCACACGGUCAAGGUCACGGUCAGCCGAGCCUCGCAGGAAUCGCUCCUCACGUCCAAGAGGCCGCUCCACGUCACCUCGGGCGGAAGUUCGCAAGCGUAUCGACCCCGAGUCUGAGCAGGCCAGAUUCAUCUCCGCCGUUGCGGAGAGGGUCUUGCAACUUGGUCACAAGUUCGAACAGAUGAUCUACGAGAAGGAGAAGGACAACCCUCGAUUCGAUUUCCUUCGCAAUCAAAAGCUCCUCGAACACCAAUACUUUCGCAUGCUUGUGGAUGAUCGAUACGAACCGGAGCUGCCACCCGACCCAUUCAAAGACCAAGGCCUGAACGAGCUGUAUAGUAGCGAUUCAGAGGAAGCCGAAGAAGCUGAAUACCUGCGGAAGUCACGCAGAGGGGACGUGAUUGGCAGGGCGGCGAGGCGACGCUUUGAAGCUAUGCUGCGAGGCAUCACGCCAAGACGCGAGCGGAUAGCGAGGGCGAUGCGCUUCGCGCUUGAGCAUGCACAUGCCUCUUCUGCAAUCGCGGAGCUCUUGAUCGAAUCGUUGCUGAUCCCUUCCACGCCGGUACCACGCAAACUUGCGCGCCUCUACGUGCUCUCCGACAUUCUGCACAACGGCGCGGUACCGUUGCCGAACGCGUGGAAGUAUCGGCAAGCAUUUGAGCAGCAGCUCCCGCUCGUCUUUGCGCACCUAGGCGAUGUCGCACGUUCCUUCCCUGGGCGCAUGAAGCAGGAAGGAUUCAAGAUGCAGGUCAGCGCGGUGCUGGAUACAUGGGAGGUAUGGCUCAUCUUCACGCCAAAUCUGCUCGAGCAGCUGCGACAGCUGCUGGAGGGGGGCGGAUCGGGAGUUGUUGCUGCUGCUUCUGGCGCAAGCUCGAGCGAGGCUGCCGAUGCUAAAGUCGACGAGGGGAGAGAACAGGCCUCUGUGUCCGCGCUGUUGUCUGCAGGGGCAGACGAGGACGAUGAAGUCGAUGGCGAGGCCCUGUGAUUCGCCGCCGUAUCUGUAGCAUAUGUGCCUCUCAAUAUCUGUGGAAAUAUAGC